AGCGGCAGAGGUGGGAGCAGAAGAAAAGUUUGUCCAGCCAGAAAGUCUGCAGAAGAAAGCGAAUGGACCGACAAGCACGACUCUAAACUAGCAGCAGAAACACAGCUGGGGCGUAAGGCCUACUAUUGAUGCUGGCUGACAAUGGAUCCCUACAGUGAGACCAAGAAGAUGACCUCUUACCUCCCAGGCCACACCUCUUCUGAGAGCCAAAAACUGGCCCCAGCCAGAAGCCCAGGCUGCAGUUGGCUGGUGGUGGUAGCAGCUGUAGCCGCUUCUCUGAGUGGUCUGAUGCUGGGCUAUGAAAUGGGCCUGACCUCAGGCGUCCUGCUGCAGCUGCGUGGCCUCCUCUCCCUCUCCUGCCGGGAACAGGAACUGCUGGUCAGCUCCCACCUGCUCGGCGCUCUCCUCAUCUGCCUUGCCGGAGGUCCCAUUCUGGAUCGCUACGGCCGCCGCUGUUCUUUGCUGCUGAGCGCCUCCUUGGUGGUUGCAGGGACCAUCAUCCUCAUUGCUGUGACUUCGCUUGUCGCGCUGACUCUGGGCCGAGUGAUAGUCGGCAUGGGAACAGCGCUGUCAGGGACAGCAGCUUGUCUGUACAUUGCAGAGAUCUCACCAAGGGAGAGGAGGGGUCUGCUGGUGACGCUGUAUGAGCUGAUGCUGGUUGUGGGUGUUAUGCUGGGAUUCAGCUGCAGUUACGCCUUUGCUACUCUGCCCCAUGGCUGGGUGUACACAUUUGGACUUGUGAUCCCCCCAGCGCUGCUGCAAAUAGGUGCGCUCAUGUUCCUCCCGCCAAGUCCACGCUUCCUGGUUGCUCAGGGUAAAGCGGAGCAGGCCAAGAUAGUGCUGGCCAGAAUGCGGGGUGGAGUUAAGGAGCAUGUAGAGGUGGAGCUCAGGGAUAUCCAGGCUGGAUUAAAAGAGGAAUCAGAGCACAGUUUCUGGGAGCUGUUCAGUGCCAAGGCCAAUCUGCGUUCACGGCUGCUUACAGGCGUAGCUUUAGUUUUCCUCCAGCAGGUCACCGGUCAGCCGAACAUCCUCUCCUAUGCCUCACCACUUCUCCGCAGUGUAGGCUUCAACAGUGAUGCAGCAGCGACCUUGGCCUCCACUGGGUUCGGAGUGGUCAAAGUAGUUGGCACCAUCCCCGCUGUGCUGCUGGUCGACCGUGUGGGACCGAAGAGCUUUUUGUGCGUGGGCGCCGUCGCAAUGGGAAUGUCAUUAGUUGGACUCGGUACACUGACGCUGCAAAGCCAUACUCACCUCACCAGCCUGUGUAAAGGUCAUACGAUACAAAACCACACACACACGCCGUGGAAUUUAAACAGAACCUUUGCGGACUUGGACAACAGUGACAUUUUUUCUACUGGUCUCCCCAGCCAGUGGAACAGUGAGGAGGCACAGAGGACUAACAGAGAGGAUGAUGGGAUUAGAGAGACAGGAGGUGGAAAGACUCGUGUAGAAGUGUCUUCCUCACUGAAGUGGGCGUCAUUGAUUAGUUUGCUGGUUUAUGUGGCAGCUUUCUCCAUCAGCCUCGGCCCAAUGGUGUAUGUGGUUCUCAGUGAGAUCUUUCCAAUGGGAGUCAGAGGCAGGGCCGUGUCUGUGGUGUCAGCGGUAAACUGGGCUACGAACCUGCUCAUCUCCAUGACCUUCCUCACAAUCACCGAAAAGAUUGGUGUUCCCAAUGUGAUGUUCCUCUACUCUGCCAUGAGCUUUGUUCUACUGGUGUUUGUCAUCCUCUGUGUCCCUGAGACCAAAGGUCGCACUCUGGAGGAGAUAUCAAAAGAACUGGCUAAGAAGAAGCAUUUCGAGGUGAGUCUCUUUAGGCAGGUCCAGCCUCAGGAGAGCCUGAUCAGGAGCAGCGCGUCCACAGAGAUGCCAGCGAACAACUGAGUCCUUUACCAUACCACAACUACAUCUCACCUGAAGGAGAGACAAGAACAAGCAUCAAAGACAUUACAGCAGUUCAAAAUUUGGAGUACAACUCAUACAUCCAUCCACAUAAUUAAUUUUGUGACUUCACAAAUUGCCAUGAGAGGUGGCUGAAUUAAACUCACCCACAUCUUCACAAGCGUGCAGAUGUCCAACUGGUUCCUAUAAUAAUGUCUCUGUAACACAGUUCCCUGUAGCUACAGACGUGAAGGAAGAAAACAUCAGGGAUGGUAGAAAUUACACAUAAACAAUGAAGUAAUGAAGUGUUUGCUCAAAUGAGAAUAGCUCAAUAAUAAUAGGUAAGCAACUGGGAUUAAAUGUGAGAUUAUAUAAAACCAUAUACAAGAUUUAAUUAAUUGCUUCAUUUUUACCUCCAUUCCAUUUGAGCAGUUCCAGUGCAGAGAGGGACUAUUUUCCCCCAUUGCUUCAGGAUAGAAAUUGACUCCCUCGAGCCAGCAGAACAGAUGAAUGUCCUUGGAGUAGUGGUGACACUGUGCUACUAAGGUCUUUUAGUAAAAUGAGUGUUUUUCCAUCUUGACCUGACAUUACGAUGAAUAAUUACACAAGUUUGCUCUACAAGAAAAUCUAACACUAAUCACCUCAAGUGGCAGUAUAUUUAAUAUUGUUUGGUUCUUUUCUGGAUUGCAAAUUCCUUUAACAUGACAGUAUUUAUACACUGCUCCCUGUCCUAUGUAAUGUAACAACAGCAGUACAGCUCAAACCAGUCAUGCCAGUUACAGGUCGCACUGUAACAACACGGAAGCAUAUAUGAAGGCCACAGUAGCCUCAGGAAGAGCUCUGUGUCCCCUCAUUUCCAUUUUAUGAAAACAAGCAAUGAAGGCAAGGAUGGACACACUCAGCUCCACUGUUUUGCUGGCUGCUGAAUCCUCAAAACAAACAUACUUAACCCUUCAGGUCUUGUGGUAAAAUUAGAUAAAUAAUUUAUCGACUAGUACUGUUGUAAUGUAAGAAGAAAUGUGUUGUUGUUUUUUACAUUUGUCAAUUUUGUGAUGCCAAAAUUACACUUUGUUGAUUAAUGAGUGAAAUUUUUUUUUACCACAGGUGAAGAAUGACCGGUAUGGACCUUUUCACAAUUACAAUUGCACAUUUUUU